AUGGAGGAUACAACAGUUAAUGUGGAACAACAACAAAAUCUAUUAGCUUCGUCAGUACAAACAAAACGAUCUAAAUCAAAAAAUAGAUUGUCGCAAACUGUUUAUAGAGCAAUAACUGAACAUUACUGGCCUAUAUUAUUAUUACUUGUUGUUAUUAUGAUUGGCAUUGGAGCAGUGGCCUAUUUUCCUCGGCUCAAAUCAAAUGAAACUGAAGAUGGUAUUGUUCUAAAACAAGGAACAUCAUUCAAUCAAGAUCGGCAGGAUGCUAAUCAACGAAAUCCAAUGCAAAUGAAUUUUGAACGACCCAAACCACCUGAGGCACUUGGUCGCGUAGCUCUUUACAUCCGAAAGCCAUCUUCAGAUGAUGAUGAUGAUCGCAAACCUCCUCUACGUGUUUAUGUUCCUGCUGCUCGCUAUCAUGUGCGACGAUUUCCUUUGAAAGGUCCAUUUUUAAAUUUCAUGCCUUCAACACCUAUCUUUGCUAAUCGAGCAACUCAAGAAACGAUUAUUUAUUCAUCGAUACGAGGUUACAUUCUGCCUGCAUUGGUCGAUGGUCAUGGCCAACUAUAUUCGAUUGCCAGACUUAUUGCAACAGGUUAUGCUAGUUUCACCGAAGAGGAAAUGCAUUCAUCCAAAUCAAUUGAUAUGAAUACUUAUUUUGAAUCAAGCGCAGUUCCUGGUGCUCGUAUUCCAAAAAUCGACACUCGAAGAGGUGGUUUUUCGAGUGGUCUCCGUGUCAACAUUAAUUCUUUUGAUAUUUAUGGCGAAGAAGAUAUGAAUGAUGAUAGUGAAGAGUACAAUGAAGAGGAUAAUGAUAAAAACAACAAGCAUCGUCAUACAUAUGACAAACCACGUCACCGUAAUUCAAAAGACGACUCAUCAGAAACGACAAUAACAUCAACCAAGAAGACCAUGAGUGCAUCAACAUCAACAAAGAAAUCAGUUCCACAUCACAGUCAUGCUGAUGUUAAUUUUACAUUGAUUAUCGAGUACAUUUUUCCAUAUCCUCAAUCUACAAAACCUGUUAUUGGCGUUAACGGUACAUCUCCUGGUCCAACUAUUGAUGUGUGCGAAAAUGAUACAGUUAUAAUUCGAGUCAUUAAUAAAUUAGAUGUUCCUUCAGCUAUUCAUUGGCAUGGUGUUCGACAAUUGGGUACACCAGAUAUGGACGGUGCUGUUGGACUAAGUCAAUGUGCUAUACCUCCAGGACACGAAAUGAUUUAUAAAUUUCAAGCAACACCAGCAGGAACAACAUGGUACCAUGGACAUCUUCUCGAACAAUACACAGACGGAUUAUUUGGACCAUUAAUUAUUCGUCGUUGUCCUGUUGAAACAUAUUCAGAUUUGUAUCAAAGUGAACAAAUACUUACAAUCGCAGAUUGGUACAAUAUUCCUGCACACACAGGACUCAUUCCUUGGCAUUAUAGCCCGCUAAAUCCUGUUGGUUUUCCUCCUCCACCAGAUGCUAUUGUAGUAAAUGGUAAAUUUACUGAGCACUUGUACAUCCCAGUUAAUGGUGCAGAAGUUAUUCGAUUUCGUAUAAUAAGUGCUGCUGCAUUAUCAAUGUUUACAGUGUCAAUUGAUGGUUGUAGGUUAUCCAUUAUUGAAGUUGAUACAACAACGACCAUACCUUAUCCAGUCGAUUCAUUUACACUAAAUGUUGCUCAACGUUGUUCGUUCUUGUGUAACUUGACCGACUUAGAUCCAACUUAUAAUGCAUCCAGUGUCAAGUCAGUUUAUAUACGAAUACAAGCUACCCUUUCAGUAUAUCCUCAAGACGUUACUAAUUUUAUUCCUCCUUACGAAAAUCAGUCUUAUCCUUAUCCAACUUUCUACAAUCCAUUAUAUCUUGCAUUUUUAUCACUUGAUUCAACAAACUCAACACCAACAUAUGCAGCUAGUUCAGCAACUCCAAUCCUAUCGAAUGUUACUCCUCCACUAGAUACAAAUAUUCUAGAUGCACGACCUCUAUUUCGAAAUGCAAAUGGAGUUCCGAAUGCAACUCAUUAUUUAGCUAUUGCGGUUGGAUUUGGUGUAGGACCAAGUGGAUUCGGUGAUGCAACAGUGAAUGGCGUCUCAUAUAGUUCAGAUGCUAAUUAUAUGCAUAUGAGACCUGAUCCACCAACGGGAUUUACUUCAGACUUAUAUGAACCAUUACUCUAUCAAAUGGUAAGAAAGCCUAAUCAAUUAGCAAUUUCAUCACCUCUUCUGGAGGCAGGAAACGACUUGCCAGUCAUUCAAAGUGAUGCAAAUGGACAUUAUUUAAUCCCUUACCUAGCUUGUGUUGAUAUUUAUAUAACCAACCCAAUUGGUGGUGAACAUCCGUUUCAUUUACAUGGCCAUAAUUUUUGGAUUGUUUCAACAUCGGAUUAUCCCGAAGCUGAGUUCCUGUAUGCCGACGACUAUACUCAACGUGAUACUGUCAGUGUACCGGGAGGCGGUUGGGCUAAAAUCCGAUUUGUAGCCGAUAAUCCUGGUGCUUGGUUCAUGCAUUGUCACAUCGAAUUUCACAUGGCAAUUGGACUAGCAGUAGCUUUAAUUGUUUCACCUGACCAGCUUUUGACUAAUGGUUAUACUAUUCCACAAAGUGGACAAAAACAGUGCGAAGCACUACAACGAUUCAAUACGACUUAUGAUCCUGUAAUACCAUCAAAUUAA